AUGAACUCUCCGUCUUCUCCUAUUGGGGAGAGUAGCCAAAUUGGCAGAUAUGGAACGAUGUCUCUCAUGAAACAGGAUGAAUCCAAUAGUGUUGUGACAGCUUUUGGCAUUGAUUCUGACAACCUCACUUUUGGUCGAGAUCAAAAUUGUGGGGUUCGACUCUACUAUCCAGAUGUGAGCUCCAUACACUGCAAGAUCACUUUCAAGGAACGAAAGGUAAGACUACUUGUUGAUGGAUGUAGAGUCUUCCCCAGUGCUUCCCCGUUCUCUCCGAAUACAAUACCCCUAACCAAUAACUCAGAAGUCGAAAUACAUGGCAAGCGGUUCAGGUUCACCUAUCCACCCAAGGAGCUCCGGGCACAACUACUGUCCACUCCAACGCGUCAGCAGUCAUUUCACGGCCCUCUAUAUCUUUUACGCGCCCUCCGUCUCUCCAUGAUCGAAUCUGCAGAAGUCUUUUCUCCUCGACCAUCUACCAACGCGAUGGAUAACCUGCGCGUUUUGCAAAGCCCGCUUAAA